AUGCUUUUUAUGGCAGGCCCUGCAGGUAGCCAGAGUGUGGGGCCCCUGGGCCUUCAUAGCACCCCCCAAGUCCUGUACAGGGUCCUUUUAAUAGUGCUGGUCAUGAUGAGCUCGGUGUUUGGUAAUUUUGAUCCUGUCAAUCCAGAACCCCCUCAUCCAGUUCAGCUCUCCAAAUAUCUGCGCUGCUACCGAUGCCUCUUGGAGACCAAGGAGCUGGGAUGCCUUCUGGGAUCUGACAUCUGCCUCGCCCCACCUGGCAGCAGCUGCAUGACUCUCCUCAUAAAGAACAGCAGUGGUUCUGACAUCAUGGUGAGUGACUGCCGCCGCAAGGAGCAGAUGAGGGACUGUUCGUAUACCCGCUCUUCUCCUGUGUUCGGCUUCUGGAUAUUUUCUCGAUGCUGCUUCCGGGAGUUCUGCAAUAAUCCUCAGAACAGAGUGUUCUAUAUUCCUUAGGACUUCUGCGGAGACUUUUAGAAUAAAACCCUGCCAGUUGCCAUCCAUCUUCCUGAUUUCCACCUGGGUGGCAGAGCCAGAACAACUUCCAGUCCCUUUUACCAGCCCUCCCUGCCUUCCUCAAGUUACCAGACUCCAGCUCUAUCUGCCUCUUAGUUGACACCCAGCAUCCCUCUUUCCCACUCAGCCUCUCCCCCAGGCCCCUUCUCCAGAAUUCUCUUGAGUUUUCCCUUCAAAUCCUCAGUUUGACAGCUUUACUCCUCUCUCCUCCCUCUCGGCUCCUCCUUGGCCUUGCUUUGGGGCUUCUUCCACCAUGGGCCUCUCUAGCCUCAAGUCCCCAGGUGUUCCUCCCAAAUAAAUCGGUGUACAUA